AUGAGAUCUUCGGUUGCAUGGAUAGUUCUUUGUAUAGUCGUUGUAUUUUUCAAUUGGAGAACGAAUCAUAUUGAGGCAGUUGAUUUUACGACAAUCAUUACCGGUCUUCAAGAUUCAUUACUUCAGUACAACAUUGCUCCCACAGUAAAGAUCGUUGAUGUAUCGACGGCUCAAAAUAUAACGAGUGCCCGAUUGGAAUUUGCUCGAGGCCUUGCGAAACUGUCCAUGUAUUUAGAGCAUAAGAUGCGAUGUAAUUGUAGGCUGAACAAAACCCUGAGUGAACAAAAACAAUGUGUGGAUAGUUACUCCAAUUACGACAUUACUCUGACCAAAGUGAAAUGUGAUACUUGUUUAGGUGCAGUCUCCUAUUUCAAAGCUUUGCGUGCCAUGGACCAGAAUAAGACUUGCCAGGCUGCAAUGAAUUUGCUAUGUUUUCCCUUCCUAAAUAGCCUUAGUUCUGUUGGUGUUGCGUGCAGGCAAUUCUCGUCCAAAUUUUGUGCAAUUCCAAUGAUUGAAAGUGUAGUGGAUGUGAGUUCCUCUUCGAUGGAUGUUUGUACUUGUCAGCUUUUCUGCAAAUGA